AUUAAUAUAUACAUUCUCAAUUACCAGACUCCAGAGGCAUUGCUUCGGUAAUAUCUGAAAGUUUCAGGAAUCUCAGUUCGCCUAGGAAGUUGCUGCAUCUUUAUUGACCUCUUCUGAAACUCAAACUUUAUUUUCCUCUUCCGGAAAAAUAGUAUUUUGGUGGUAGCUGUAAGGGUUUUUAAUGGGAAUUGAAGGCAAUCACACAUAUUCAAAACCCGGGAACAUGGACAAGUUGCCAACUCCUCCAGGUUUUGUGUCUCAAACAACGUUCGUGCUGAGAAAUGUACACCAAGGCAGAGAAAGUUCCAGGCCGGGACAAGAUCAGAUAACUGGACUCUGUUUGGAUGAUGCUAGUUUCAAGUUGUCUCUUAACAGCCGACCGUGGAUACUGCAUGAUCACACAAAUCCCACCUCAGAGUCCUUAAAGCCAAUCAAACCUGAGGAGGUAAAGGAAAGACGGAUACAGAGAGUCUCCAAGAACGUAACCCUUGAGGAAGCUCCAGUGUUUAACCCAACCGAGGAGGAGUUCAGUGACACACUCUCGUAUAUUGCAAGCUUGCGUGACAAAGCUGAGCCUUAUGGAAUCUGCUGCGUGGUUCCUCCUCCUUCGUGGAAGCCUCCGUGUCUUCUCGAGGACAAGGAGAUAUGGGAGGUUUCCAAAUUCGACACUCAAGUACAGCUCUUUGAUGCAAACGACACAAUGGUUAAGAAGGAGGGUGAUGAUGAUGAUCAUACAUCGGAGACAGAUGUCAAGUUUUGUAGAGUAGAACGCGGUCCUAAGAAAACUCUGGAGACCUUUAAGAACUUUGCAGAUUCAUAUAAGAAGAAGCAUUUCAGCGUAGAGGAUGAGGUUUUGAGUUCCAAGAGUUCUUCAACCCCAUCACUAAAACAAGAACCAACCGUUGAAGAUGUUGAAAAGGAGUAUAGACAACUUGUUGAGAGUCCAGUUGUUGAGAUUGAGGUUCUUUAUGGGAAUGAUCUAGACACAAGAACGUUCAGCAGUGGGUUCCCCUUACCUGGAGGACCAUCUGAAUCUUGCAAGUACAAGACAUCAGGUUGGAAUCUGAACAAUACGGCUAAGCUUCCUGCCUCUCUUCUAUCGUUUGAAGACUGUGAAUCAGUUGGUGUUCCUCGUCUAAGUGUAGGAAUGUUUCUGUCUUCCCAGUUGUGGAAAUCUGAAAAGGACAGACUCUACUCGCUCUGUUAUUUGCAUAUGGGAGCUCCUAGAGUGUGGUACUCUAUAGCAGGAUGUCAUCGUUCUAAGGUUAUGAACUUAUUCCCUGAGAUGUCAGGUGAACAGCAGUCAAAGAUGAGCCGUGAACCUGUGAUGAUAAUGUCUCCAUAUGCGCUGAACAUGGAGGGUAUACCAGUGACCCGGUGUGUCCAGAACCCUGGCCAGUAUGUUAUACUGUUUCCAGGGUCAUGCUACUCUGCAGUUAACUGCGGCUUCAACUGUUUGGAGAAAGCAAACUUUGCUCCCAUUGAUUGGUUACCCCAUGGGGAUGUUGCUGUUCAUCAGAACCAAGAGAAGAAGAAGAAAUCAUUGAUAUCGUAUGAUAAGAUACUAUUGGGAGCUGCAAGGGAAGCUGUGAAAUGCCUCAAGGAGAACUCUUUGUCCAAGAAGAAAACAGCAGAGAACAUGAGAUGGUUUAACUCUUGUGGUAAGGAGGGUUUGUUCACCAGCAUUGUUAAGUCAAGGGUGAAGCAAGAGAAGAGCAGAAGAGAGUUCCUUGCUAGUUCACUAAAGUCUCAGAGAAUGGACAAGAGUUUUGAUGACGGUGUGAGCAAGAGGGAAUGCUGUUUCUGUUUCGUGGAUCUGCAUCUCUCCGGAGUCCAGUGCUCGUGUUCCGAUGAACGUUACUCGUGUCUGAGCCACGUGAGGAAUCUAUGCGCCUGUCCGAGUGGGAAGAAGAGGUUUCUGUAUAGGUACACCAUCGAUGAGCUGAAUAUUCUUGUGGAGGCGUUGGAGCUGCAGAAACUCAGCGCUAUGUUCAGAUGGGGGAACUUUGAUCGCAACUUUUAUGCUUCUUCUCCCGCCGUUAAAAGUUCACAACAAACUGGAGACAAAGGUAAGAAAGCAGAUGAGGUUGUUGUGCCUUGUAAUAACAAGGACAAUAACACGAGGAAAGAUGUUGAAGGUGGAGGGAAGGAGCAGGGUAAGACUAAAGUAAAGGCGAGGUCUAUCAUGGAGAUAAUGAAUGGGAAUGAUGAUGAAGCGUCCGGGCCUAUGCGACCUUGUUCUAAUAAAACGAACAAGACAUGCGAUGGUGGUUCUGCUGUUGUCAACACGGCAAAGAAGGCGCGGAAGGGGUGAACUGAAAAAAAGGAAUGUUUUGUUUUCAUGUUAGUUGUUGUCAGUUGCACAAUUUGCAAAAAUACUGUUUUUUUGAAAAGUCACAAACUCGUGAUCAGAUUUUUAUCUUUUUGCAUGCGAAAGGAGAGUUGUCUGUACAAUACUUUGCCAACCAGAGUUUUUAAUGUAAAGAAUCAUGAAAAUC